AUGACAUUUUUGUACACAGAGGCAAUUUAUCAGUUAUGCACCCCCAUCCAGAUCGUAGUGCUUGUGGAGAAUAUUCCAGAAGAUCUGUCCAUUCCAUAUAAGGACACAGUUUCACUGGCCACUGGUCUCCGUGAGCUUUUGGAUCAAGCACAUCGAUCUGUUGAGAUUGUGUCACCAUGGUGGGCACUGAACUCUACCGAGUACGAGUCAAAACCUCCCCAGGCCAAGCAGGGUCAGAUCUUACUCCAUCAGUUGAUGCGUCUGCAGUCUCGGUCAGUCCGUUUGAGGGUGGUCAGUGAACUAACUAAUUCCUCAGAGCUCAAGGCACUCUCUCAGAAUGGUGCGGAGGUGCAUUACCUGAACAUGACAGCCCUCACUAAAGGGCACAUCAACUCCUCCUUCUGGGUGGUGGACAGGAAACACAUGUACAUAGGAAGUGCUGGCAUGGAUUGGAGGUCACUGUCUACGAUGAAGGAGUUUGGCAUCAUUAUUUAUAACUGCACAUGUCUGGUGAUGGACCUGCACAGGAUAUUCAACCUCUACCGGCAACUGCAGUAUAAAGACUUUUUGCCGUCAAUUUGGUCCAAGAAACUGAACGCUCUGUAUAACCGAGACAAGAACCUUCAACUUCAUCUGAAUGACACUAAAGCAAAAGCAUACAUUUCUAGUUCUCCAGAUGUUUUCUGCCCCAAAAAACGGACGAAAGACCUCGAAGCCAUUAACAGAGUCAUUCAAGAGGCCGAGACAUUUAUCUACAUCUCCAUAACCAACUAUUUACCAAUGCUCAACCGCAGCCAACCCAAGUACUGGUCACGCAUCGACAGCAUGCUCCGAGAAGCCUUGAUUCUGAAAACAAACAUCAAAGUACGCCUGUUAAUAAGCUGUUGGGAGCAGACUGACCCACUGACGCAGAACUUCCUGUGGUCUCUGAAAACACUAUGCAUAGAGUCAGUCAGCUGCUCAGUGGAGGUGGAGCAGCUGAAGGAAAGGGGGAGAGGGAAUGCUGCAUAA